UUUUGUCUCGAGGUUGAUAAGCGUGCAAUUCAUGCUGUGUCACACUCUCAUCCAUCACCCACCCAUUUUGCCGCAGCUAAUAAUCAGGAAAACAAACAGAGACAAAUCCUACACGAAACAUGUUCAUGUCACGCGAAUUUUGCUCUGCAGAUCCCCCAAAGUCCUCUAACCUUGAAUGAGUUCAAAACAGACAUCUACAUUCUUGAAAAUGACAAAUUUGAAGUCACUUUAUUGAAGGAGACGCCUAACUAAGCUGUUCACAGUUUGUUGCAUUUUGACCUUUACUGAUCCAUAAAUUUCCCUUCCCAUUCUUUACAAUUCAGGAGGACCAGCAACACUAGUAAAAAAAAUGGGGUUGAGAAGAUGCAUAUCAGCUGCAUUUCUUGUUUUCAUGGUGUCAUCAGUAGUAGUAGUAGUUGGGGAUCCUCUAGUUCCUGCGCUACUACUCUUCGGGGACUCUGUGGUUGAUGUUGGAAACAACAACAAUUUGCAAACGUUAGUCAAAGCAAACUUCCUUCCUUAUGGAAGAGACUUCGUCACCCAUAAACCUACAGGAAGGUUCUGCAAUGGAAAGCUGGCCACAGACUUCACUGCUGAGUACCUUGGAUUCACUUCAUAUCAACCUGCGUACCUUAGCCAAGAAGCCAGAGGGAGAAAUAUACUUACUGGGGUCAACUUCGCCUCUGCUGCAUCUGGGUACUAUGAACCCACAGGACAGCUAUAUCGGGCUUUGACAUUGGCACAGCAGUUAGAAUAUUACAGGGAUUGGCAGAGAAAAGUGGUGAGUAUGGUAGGAAGAGCGAAAGCUAAUGCUAUAUUCUCAGGAGGGAUCCAUCUCAUAAGUGCAGGGACCAGUGAUUUCAUUCAGAAUUACUACAUCAAUCCAUUACUCAAAGUUUACUCCCUAGAUCAGUUCUCAGACAUUCUCAUGAGAUCCUACUCUACCUUAAUCCAGAAUCUAUACAGUCUAGGAGCGAGGAGAAUUGGAGUUACAUCUCUGCCACCAACUGGAUGCUUGCCAGCAGCCAUUACUUUAUUUGGUUCAGGAAGCAACCAGUGCGUUGCAAGGAUGAACCAAGAUGCUGUUUCAUUUAACAAUAAAUUGAACACCACAUCCCAAUAUUUGAAGACCAAGCAUCCUGGACUGAAACUUGUGGUUUUUGAUAUCUACCAACCUCUGCUGGAUAUGAUUGCAAAGCCGAGCGAUAGUGGAUUCUUCGAAUCAAGAAGAGCUUGUUGUGGGACAGGUAUAAUUGAGACAUCAUUUCUCUGCAAUACAAGGUCAGUGGGGACAUGCUCAAAUGCCACAGAGUAUGUUUUCUGGGAUGGAUUCCACCCGUCUGAAGCUGCUAAUGAAAAGUUGGCCCAAGAUCUACUUGAACAGGGAUUUGAUCUCAUCUCCUAGUGCCCACAUGCAGUAUCAGCAAUCACCUAGUUCCACUUCAAUCAUCCGCUGAUAUAUUAUAUGCUCUUAGAGCUUUUAAGGUGGUACUGAUAGUUUCAUUUCCUGAAGUUGGUUAAUGUAUUAAGCUAUUAGACAGUCUAAGCUUUGUAAAGUAGACUAAGAUAUCCAACCUCAAAAUCUGCUGUUUAUAUGAGUUAUAAGUUAAAGAAAGAGAGCACCACAUCAUGCAAACUAGUAACUAGUAAGUCUCAGGUGUCACGAGUUCAGUCCCUUGAGUUCAAUUCCAACAAAAUAGUCUGAUAUCAAGAUUCUCUCACAGUGAGGAUUACUUGUAAACUUCUUAAUGAAUGGACAAAAUACCAGGAACGCAGUUAGAGAGGAUGACAA